AUGCCAGCCAAUGCCAACUAUGACGCAGACACGCAGUGCCAAUCCAACUCGACAAGCCCGUGCAAAUGCAUUGUUCUCACGCUCACUGCUCAGUGUGUGCAGGGAAAGAGGUACCUAGGAAAGUUCGACAUGGAAAGUUGGAUCCCCUGGCAACUUCCUGGUGUCGAUGCGCCUGCCAUCCUGGGAACGGCAGCGCACCUACCAUAUGGACUCAACGCUGCCGUUGCCGAGCUAACAGGUAGUAUUCUGCCCACUUCGAGGAAGUUUGUGGUCUUGGCUCCCUCUCGUCUGCACCUUCUGGUGACCAUCAGAGGCUCAGACAUCUCCAUGUGGCAUGGUCUUCACUCUAAUUCUCACAAGUCGCAUUUCCUUCUUCCUCUUCCUCUUCUCUACCGGGCUGCCCUGAUUCCCGCGGUUCACUACCCGGAAACACCGUGGUCCACCAGCCCUGCCACCCGCCGGCAGCGUUGCAGCCAACAAACAACACCCCCGGCAGUCACCCAAAAUGCGCUGGCUGAGAUUCCCGGUUUUCACCACUUAAAAUCUGGUCUUUUAUCCUUCCCGCUGCAGGGCUCGUCGCAGUUUUGCAGGGUCUCCGGUCAAUCACUGCGGGCGGUGCCACAUCAAACUCCAUCAAACUGGCCUUCAGACGGCCAACUCUUUGAUCAGUUCAACCUCCAUCCUAUGAUCCUUCACGGCAUCGUCCCCGACCACCGGCCAAUUUUGCCUCGAAAGUUCUUGGCCCUUUCCAACGUUCGAAGCCUUUUCCCCCGAGACACGGCGACCGGCGCGAGUAACGGCAGCCACCCGGCACCAAAACUACCGAGUGACAUCAACUUGCUUGGCUUGGCUUCUUCGGCCAAGUGA